AGAGAGGAUGGGUUAAAUAUAAACUUUUACUAUAAUUAUGAUCACUCUUUCCUGGAAAGUAGAGUAGGUCAUGUUAGUCCCACUUCUGCAAACAAGGAAGGAUGGCCAGACACUCCCAGGACUUUAUCUGUGGUGUCCUUGCAAUUUUUGCUUUCUUUAUGUGGUGAGUCCUCAGUUUUUUUAGCCAAAAUGUCAAAUCGAUGUUUGGAUGGGAUAGAAAAGUAAGUCUCCCCAUAGGCAUUGCCUUGCCUCUUCCCGGCAAAUUGAUCUCAAGAGGAAAGCAAAAACAUCUGCCGGGCUCAGAUAAAGCCUCUGCAAUGAGGAGGGGCGAAAAGGCCAACAAAUGAACAGUGGAUAGGGAAUUGAGAGUCAGGUGCUGCCGGAGAGGAGAAAAGGUGCAAGUGCCUUCUUUAGACCUGCAUUUGUUUGUGGGAGCUGCAGGAAAAGACCUGAGCAACUCCUGGACUGAGGACUUUUUGGCAGGACAUCCAAGAGGGGUGGAACUUCAGAGAAACCUGGACAGAGAUGAGAAUAUGCUUUCUACCAAUGGGAAGGCAAAACAAGUUGAUCAGGAUGCGUCCAGUCCAAAAGUCCUUGUGUGCACUGACGGUGCUGACGGCAUCCCUAGCAUUCCUCUACCUUCAUGUGUGGUCACCAAAGCCCUAUACCACAGUGGACCUGAGACGUGGGUCUGCCCGGAUGCCGGAACAGCUGUUGAAUAGCCACCUCUUGGUACCGGAGAAGAAAUAUGCCCACAUUGCUUUUCGGAUAAAGGAGGAGAUUCUGGAACUCCUUCCCAAGAACUCCUGCAAGUGUGAGGUUGAGCCGAGUAUCAACCUCCCAUUCCAGAAACAGCUGUUUGGUCAUGUCUAUUCCAUAGAAUUUGCAAAUGCCUUUAAGCCUUCUGAACUUCCCAAAAUCAACAGCAAACGAGAACAGGAAUACCGUAGUUACCGACAGAGGUCACAGUCCCCAGCUGAUCAGGUCCUCAUUGUUCGAGCCAACUCACCUCUGGAGUAUCCAGCUCAGGGAGUGGAGGUCCGUCCCCUCCAGACCAUUCUCAUCCCAGGCCUGAGCUUACAGGCAGCCGAAAGAACGUUGUACCGGGUGAACUUGACAGCAACAAUGGGAACCUUUGAUGUGGCUGCAGAAGUCGAUAGUGUCAAGGUGGAAGGAGAAGGUGGGAUGCACCUCGCCAUGUUGGCAUCCCAGCUGGACAAUCUCAACCGACAAAUGCAAUUCGUCACCUACACCAACACGCUCUUCCAUCCCAACACAGCGGAUACAGUGCAGUUUUCUACCGAUGAGCAUCAUGCGACUUUCAUAAUCCGCAUCCGCCAUGCGCCUACCCCCAGGCUCUACAACCCAGGAUCCUCCAGUGGAGAGAACAGUGGAGUAGAAUAUAACAUCAGUGCGCUGGUCACCAUAGCAACCAAGACUUUCUUGCGCUAUGACAAGUUGCGAGCGCUGAUCAACAGUAUCCGUAAAUUUUACCCCACGGUGACCAUCAUCAUCGCCGAUGACAGCCAAGACACCGAACAUGUGCAGGGCCCCCACAUUGAACAAUACUUCAUGCCCUUUGGCAAGGGCUGGUUUGCUGGCAGGAACCUUGCUAUAUCCCAAGUGACCACCAAAUACGUUUUGUGGGCAGAUGACGAUUUCAUUUUCACACCUCGCACUAAAGUGGAGAAGCUGGUAGACGUUCUUGAGAAAACAUCCCUGGAUCUGGUGGGUGGAGCAGUGCGGGAGAUCACUGGUUACACCACCACAUACCGACAGCAGAUCAGUGUGCAGCCUGGUGACGAUGACGGCGACUGCCUAAGAACCCGCCAAGGCUACCACCAUGUCAUCGAAGGCUUCCCUGAUUGUGUGGUUACUGACGGUGUAGUCAACUUCUUCCUGGCACGCACAGAGAAGAUGCUGCAGGUUGGGUUCGAUCCUCGUCUCAGCCGGGUUGCCCACCUUGAGUUCUUUAUUGAUGGCCUUGGCAUUCUGCAUGUGGGCUCCUGCUCUGACGUGGUGGUGGACCAUGCGUCCAAGAUCAAGCUGCCCUGGCUGAAGACAGAGAGCGAGAAGCAGUAUGCCAAAUUCCGCUAUCCCAACUCAAGCGACGACAGCAUCAACGUGAAGCAAAGGCUCUUCUACUUUAAGAACCGUUUCAAAUGCAUGACGGGCAACUAGUAUUCCGUUUGGGGCAUCUGGCCCAGCCCCUGACUACUGGCUAAAUCCUCAGGCCAUCAGGCCUACUGAUCUCAGGCAGCCUACUCUGGCACCUGGCCACAGCCCUGGGCAAUCUGUCUUCCCUGUCAACUAGCCAAAUCCCCAGAGCUCAGGGAGGUCUUGGCAUCCUUAGGCCUAAAGAGUGGUUUCAGAAAUGGGUAACCACUCUUGCUGUGAGAAAAACAAACCCAAAACACUUUUUCCAGGUGGGAUGGAAAAACUGCACUGUUUUGUUUCUGAGCUUGCACUACUGUGUUACUGUUUUUAGUGGAACAGGUACUGCUGCCUACACUUGCAUUUGUUUGACAUAUUUUGAACUCAGAAAUCCUAGAUGGGAAGUGAUAAUGGUGCCUGGCCCCAUGAAGCCCUGGGAAUGUCCAUUUUUCUACUCCGGUUGAAAGAAAUGUCUGGCCUCUCCCUGUCCUGCUUCUGCCACCCAUGCGUACCCGUGGUGUAUCAAGAAAUCUGCCAACACAACCCAAGCAUCUGCUGUUUCUGCUUAAUUGAAUUGAGUGGAGACAUGAUUGGAAGGAGACAGUGCCUGGACCAUGGGGGUUUCUCCGGUGCCACAACUUUUUGUGCCAAUUCUUUGCAUCUGUGUCCCAUUCCCUUCAGCUCCUUCCUCCGCAAGCGGUUGCCAUCCUUGGAGAUUUUAAAGUGCCAAAGACUAAAGUGAUGGAAAAUUGCCACCAGAGGGAAGCCUUGAGAUGUACAUUGCAGUUGGGGUCAGGGCCAGCGCUAUCAAGCACACUGUAAAGUUAAUGCACUUCCCAGGAGUGACUUAUGUGUUUGUGGAUGGUCAGAUCAGUUUCUUUUCUAAUGAAGCAAUUUUUUUAUAUGCUGAAGUACAAAGACUGUCAACAAGAAACUGUAUUUUUAUUAUUUCCAACGAAAUCCAUUCGCCAAGUGUUUCCCCAUAUCCCAAAACCCUCCUUUCUUUGCCUUCUUGGUUUCAAACCUGCAACCUUCAUUGCUGCUUUUUCUACAAUUGGUGGUGGUUGGGAAUAUUUGCAAAACAGGGCUGAGUAGGUUUGUUUUUCCCUCAUGUUUGGUUCCAAUAUUUUACUUCAAACUAACAGAGAAACAUUAACAUAGCUGAAGGCAAAAAUGCACAUAUUCAGAGCUUUCUCUGAACUGAUUCCCUUUGGAGAUUUGGGCCUAUCAUUCUUAUCAAACCUAAUUGACAAGUAGUUAGGGAUCAUGAGAGUCCCCAUCUGCAAAGACUAAGCUCAUGUUAUCAUGAUGAGUUUCACCCGUGUCCUGUUAUUUUUACUUAGUAUAGGUGGUAUGUUCACUGAGCCAUUUAAAUAUGCUGCUCUUUACCUGCAUCCUACUAUCUUGAAAAAAAAUACUGCUACUUGAAUUGGUUGACCAGAGCUUGGGAAGUUUGUUUGGUUUUUUUUAUUAAUUAAAAACACCUUCUAGGGUUCUGUGGUUUGUAAUCCAAAAAUACAAAACAUUUCUAAACUCCUGUUGACAAUAUAAACUACUUCUUGUCCCAUUCCCUGGCUUUCAGUGAGAUGUAAGUGUGAUGGCUGAAAGUACAGACCUUGGACGGAAGCGACUCUCUUCCCCAACCUCAGCAAGAAGGAUCUAUACUUCCAAAUGUCUCUUGAUAACAAUGUUAUUUAAAUAAUUACUAGGGCUAGAGCAUGCUGAAUAUGAUAUGAGUUCCAGCUCUGUUGUUAAUACUCUUUGGGUAUUCCUGGGAAGGACAGAGAUCUAAAACAGCAGAUAGAAGCUCUUCAGGCCGAGGGAGACUGCGUAGAAAGUGAGUCCCAUCUUCAUUCUUGGCUCUCACUAAGGCUGCCUGCAGCGGUGCCUCCUGUCUAACUGGCAGUGUAAAUAUCUUGGUCAAUGGUCAGCAAGGGACUUCCUCAGAUCACAACAAAGGAAUGCAUGGGCCAAAGGCAUUUUCAUCUCCAGAUCUUGGAAUUUAAAGGCCAUGCUGGUUAAGAGCAUCCCAUUCUGUUUGCAAUAGGUACUUCGCAAACCUAAAGUCUCUCUUCUCCUAGUCACUCUUGCUUCCUGCAAGAGAGACUAGGAGUGGGGUACACUGCAGAUACUAUGAGUCCUCACCAGGAUCCCAUUCACACUGCAUAGUUAUAACAUUAUGAUCCCACUUUAGCUAGAUGGCAUCAUGGUAGUUAAACUGGAAUCAUAAUUGUGUAAUGUGAAUGUGCCUCACAUCUUCCCCCACACCAUUCCCCAGUUGUAUGGGCUGGAAAUGGCUCUGUCCCUUCCCUUUUGCUUUUAAUUGUUUUUCUGUUUUGUGCAAGACAUUUUUGUUCUGUAAAGAAAGCACUUGAAGGAAGGGAAUAAAACAUUUUGUUUAAAAAAUAA